AUGGCGGCGGGAAUGACGGAGGCGACUACCGCGAUUUCCGCGAUCGGGGUGGUCGACAAGGAAGAGGCGGCGAGGGAAGAGGCAGGGAAGGAGGGGGAGGCGGGGUGCUUGAGCGACCCGCUCGUUGCGGCGAUUAUCGCGCAAAAUACGCGGGCAGAAGCGACGCGUUCGUGGUGGGGCGGGGAGGCGGAUCCGCGGGUGGACUUCAGGAGCGUCGUGGGGCGUCCGCGGCCUAGGAGCGGGGGUGAGCGGGGAAUGGGAUGGGACGGUGGUGACAGUGGUGGGCGCCUGGGAUGGGAUGGGACCCCUCAGUUCCCUAUGUUCCUUCACCCCACCGCCACUCCCCAGCAGCCCCCUUUCCUUGCCCAUGCUGACCCAUCUCCACCACACCUCACAGCCAGGCUCGCAGGUGACGGUGGUGGGCGACUGGUAUCACACCCCUCCCUCCCCAUGCUCGUGUCGCCUAUCUCCUCGCCAUCGCUCUGCACCACAACUCACUUCCAUCUUCCUGCUGCAAGCCGCUCGCAGGUGACAGUGGUGGGCGACUGGGACCCCGCGUGGCCGGCGCUGAGGACGCUGGAGUUUGGGCGGCAGAGCAUCCGAUCGCCCUUUGAGUCCAACGUCAUCUAUAACUUCGAGCUCAUGGAAUGCAUCUUUGAUUACGCUUUUGAUCGAUUGGGGGUGGAAGGCGGUGGCAGGGUAAACCACCCUGUGUUAUUAACCGAGGCUCCGUGUGCGCCCCUGUACACGCGUGGCAAGACAGCAGAACUCAUGUUUGAAACCUACGGCGUGCCUGCCCUUGCAUUCGGAGUGGAUGGGGUGUUCAGCUAUCGCCUCAACACCGCACAGCACCACUCUGUGCCGGACGGUCUGCUGGUCAACUGCGGCCACUCCACCACUCAUGUCAUGCCCGUGUGCUCCUGCUGCCCUCUCUCCACUCUCUCACCCUGUAUUUCUCACUCUCCUGCACUCUCUCUUUUGCUCCCUCAACCCCCCUCUCUUGCUCUUGCACCUCCCCUAUCUCGCUCGCUCCCUCACCCCUCCUCUGCUUCGUUGCCAACUUCCCAGCUGGGCUGGCGUGUGCUUCCGUGGGUGGCGCCCGUGCCCCCCCAGGGCCCGUCAGAGGAGGAGGUGGCGAGGCGGGCGGCCAGCAAGGAGCGCGCGGGGCAGCGUCUAAGAGAUAAGAGACAUGGCAUACCCGUGCUGCCGUGCAGCAAGGAGCGCGCAUGGCAUACCCUAGUUUCCUGGCAGCUGCCGUGGGUGGCGCCCGUGGCCCCACAGGGCCCGUCAGAGGAGGAGGUGGCGAGGCGGGCGGCCAACAAGGAGCGCGCGGGGCAGCGGCUGCGAGACAUGGCGGCUGCUAAGCGGGCGGCGAAGCGGGCGGCGGAGCUGGAGGAGGUGGAGGGCGAGGUGGAGGGGUUGAGAGCGGUGAUCGAAGAUGUGGAGGACGGGGCGGAAGGGAGAGAGGCGAUCAUGUUGCUCUCCCGUGUGCGCUGUGCCACCCUGUCAGAAGCUCGAGCCAAGCUUGCCAAGAGCAUGGCCACUCUCAGGAGACUGAGGGGGGAGGAGGGCGAGGGGGAGGGCGAGGAGGGCGAGGGUGAAGGGGAGGAGGGGGAGACGGGGUCAGUGGCUGGUGGAGCAGAGGAGCAGGAUGAGUCGGUGCUUUACCCGCUGCUUGAUAUCCCGGAUGCAGAUCUGACGGCUGAGGAGCUGAGGGAGAAGCGGCGGCAGCGGACGAUGCGAGGGAUUGCGCUGGGGCAGGCGAGGAUGCGACAGGCAGCAGAGGAGAAGCGAGCUAAGGCGGCUGCUGAGAGGGAUGAAGAGGAGCGGAAGAGAAGGGAGAACCCAGAGGCAUAUGCAGCAGAGUUGAAGGCGCGAUUCCAACAGGUGCAGGCGGCCUUGGAGCAGAGGAAGCGGAGGAAGCUGGGAGCAGGGGGCGUGGUUCUUGGUGCCGCUGCGGCGUCGCCUUCAGUGGGAGGGGAAGAGUCUGGUGGGAAGGGCAUGGGAUCGGAAGGAGGUGCCAGUGGGGGAGAAGCGGUAGGAGGAGGUGGGGCAGCGGGAGCGGCAACAGGGGCAGCAGGAGGAGCAGCAGGAGCAACGGCAGCGAGUGCAGCAGGAGCAGGAGGAGGGGUUUCAGGAGGAGGGGUUUCAGGCUCCGCUGUCUCGUCUGUGCUCUCUCUCGCAGCGGCGGCAGCAGCGGCCGCGUCAGGCCAGGCUGUGAAGGGCGCCAAGCUAGACAUCACCCCCCUGGGGGGCCCUGCUGGUGGCCUUGCAGGGGGCACUGGCGUGGGGCUGGGAGGGGGCCUUGCUGGUAGUGUGGCUGGUGGGAGAACGGAGCGGAUUACUGCUGCGCACAGGGAGAGGAUGAAGCUUCUGACUGCUGCUGCUUUUGAGAGUGAUUUUGGGAUGUUUGACGAGGACUGGCUGGUGUAUAAGAGGAUGAGCGCUAAGGGCGUGGAGGAGGAAGAGGAGGAGGAGGCGGAGAGGGAGGCAGCAGAGCUGGAGAAGCUGAGAGCCAGGCUGCAGGAGGUGGACCCAGCCUUCCUAGUCUCCAUCAAUGCCGCGCCUGCUUCAACCACAGCUCCAGGCACGGCUACCAGCGUUCCCGGACCUUCGGUUCGGCAGCCCACCGACGCAGACUAUCAGAUCCGGCUCGGCGUGGAGCGCGUCCGGGCAGCUGAAAUUAUUUUCGAGCCGUCUCUGAUUGGGCUGGACCGGGCAGGCUUGGGCGAAAGUUUGGGUGCAGCUGUGAGAAGAACGGCCGAGGAGCUAAGGAGCAGACUAGUCCCGUUGUAUUCUAGAACCAAGUCAGCUAGUGGUGCUUUUGCGGUUGCCACUGCUGUUUCGGGCAUGGAAAACGUUCCGCCGAGCUUUCUCUUCCUGACCGGAGGAAGUUCGCUGCUGCCCGGAAUGAGGGGCAGGUUGGAGGCGGAGUAUCGGCAGGUGCUGCCAAUGGGGAGUGGGAUAAAGAUUGUGGAAGCCCGGGAUGUGUUCUGGGAUGCGUGGAGGGGAGCGGCAGCCAUGGCUGGGGAUGGGAGGAGAUUGCUGCGGCAGGCUGUGAGUCGGAAGGAGUAUGAGGAGCGUGGGCCGGAUGCGUUUCGACGGUAUAAGUUUGAGUACUUCUGA